AAAAAAGCGCUUUACUUUAUCCGCUCAGCGGUUCGUGUCUGAGGCAGAGAUUGGCAGGAAGAGGAAGAAGAAGCAGAAGAAAGACGAGGCGCUUCGAAGCUUCAGUUAUGGCGUCUGCUUCGACGACAGUGUCCUUUGGCCUUAGAUUUUCCCCAUUGUGCUCUCGCCCAUCGGUUCGCGUCUCUCAUGGUUCCGUCCGGCUCGCUUCGUCGUUCAACAAGGUGAACUCCUUGAGGCUUGGUUCUUCCCCCAACAUUUCCGGGUUCGGAGUCGCUCUCCUUCAGAAGUCAUUUCAUAUUGCUCCCACCUCUCAAGUGCAUACUCCUCUCACUGUUGUCGCUGCUAAAGGCUAUAAAAUGAAAACCCACAAGGCUUCGGCCAAGCGAUUCAGAGUGACGGGUCGCGGGAAGAUCGUUCGGAGGAGAGCUGGAAAGCAGCAUUUGCUGUACAAGAAGAAUACAAAGAGGAAAUUACGGCUUUCCAAAAUGCACCCAGUGAGCCGAAGUGACUAUGAUAAUGUGAUUGGUGCUUUGCCAUACCUGAAGGUGAAUAGGCAGGCCAAAUAGAAGCAAAGGCAACCCACCCUAUUAGGAGGCUGUAUUUACAUUUCUUUUGUAACCAAAUGAUUUUCAGUACCCAAAACUCAUCAAAGGGCAAAGUUUGAUUGCUUUUACAGAAUUAUUUGCCUGAUUUAUUCCAUCAGUUAGUUCCUUCUUUAAAUUGUCUUCCCCUCUAUUUGCUAACUUGGCAGGCUACCCAAUGGAGAUGUGUUUAACCAAUAAUAAUACAGACAAAGGUGCUUUAUUAUAAAA